GUUAUGAUAUCGCAUUGGCUAUUAUUAUUCAGAUUAGUUCAUGAUUAGGUUCACAUCUCAUUUAAUAAGGUUUGCGAGCCUGUUAGGUUAAUCUGCAGAAACCAAUCGACUUAUUUCAUCUGAUGCAUUGGGUCGCUAGAUGGUUUGUUUUUUACGCUUAUUCCAUACAGGAUUUGGUACACAUAUGUAUUGGCUUGACUAGAUUUCUUUACAAAACGAUUUUAAUUCCUCAAUGAAUUUACAAUAUGCUUUCUUUUUGUAAUUCCAGAUGCUUGUUUAUUCCUAUUAAAAACAAAGUCUAUUUUACUCAGAAAAUAUCUGCUACGGCAGACUAGACACUUGGGAUUCAUACUUUCAAAACGGCUUCUAAAAUGAAUGGAUUUGCAAGACAAGGUGUCAUUCGUGAUGACAACGGUAAUUUGAUAAUCCCCCCAACCCAACGACCCGAUGGUACAUGGAGAAAAGCCGUUCGUGUUAAAGAGGGGUACAUUCCUCAAGAAGAAAUUCCACUAAACCAAUCAUGCGUCAAUGACGAGAAUAUACACAAGAUUACUGUUCUGUCUGGAAACGAAAUAUGCUUUAUGUGUCGAUUUCAUUCUGGUAGGCAGAACAAUAGAUAUCCAAUUCGCUUUGUCGUUGGCAGCUUAUGUGCUUGUACCCACAAAAUGAUUUCUUAAACGAGUUCCUCACAUACGAAUUCUUCAUCUUGUUUCGCCUGUUGGCGUUAGCUUUGAGAUCAAUUCAUUUAUUGACUAGUCAAAAGAUUGUGCAUCAUAUACGUUACGCUUUUAUUUUGAAUAUCCAGUUACCGAUCUGCUGGUGUACAAAUCCUUGAGAAGAAAUCACAGUUCGUCAUCCCAGGUUUGACAAAAGACGAUGCGGAAAAGCUAAAGCUAGAACGACAAAAACAGUCACAAUCUGAUACACCAGCAUUAAACCCAGUCCUUAAGAAGAAAAAAUCUAAGAAAUCAAAAUGUAAACAAACUGAUGUCCAAUCUCCAGAAACAUCAGAGCAAACAGAACCGGAUUCAACAAAACUUACAAAAUGCUGUACUACUUCACCAAAUUACUCUGAUAAAGUGAACAUUGAAAUUCCAACUGAUGCAACCGUGACUAACACUGAAAAUAUUGAUCGACAGCUUAAACGUGAACAUAAACGACUACUCCAAAUAGAAGAGAUAGAGAAAAAGAAACAAGCUGGAGAGAGUUUAAACAAAGACCAAUUGAUAAAGUUAGGCCACAAACAAGCUGUUGAACAGCUCAUUGAACAGCUGACGUUACUUAAAACUAACUGACGUUGUCCUGCCCUUUUUUUUGACAGCAGAAUCGAUUUCGUUUUUUACUUUUUCUGUCCCCACCCCACUUUGUUCCAAGUGUUUUUAAAUCGAAUAUAACAGAACCAAACUAGACAAGAUUAAGAAUACACUAGUCAAUUUAUUAAAUAAUUGGUCCACUACCAGUAAACAUAUGUUAUUAGUUAGUAAUACUGAGUUAAACAAACUAAUGUGAUGCAACGGCAUUUGUGCAUGUUCAAUGUAGAUAUAUAUAUUUUUUCAUUAGCGUUUUAUAAACCUCAAUUUCUAUAUGGAAAAAUAUGGUACUUUUAAUAUCUUUUACAAUAUGUUUGUAUAAUCGAUGUAAUAUAUAAAUUAUAAUCACACUUAUUUUGUUGUAUAAAAAGUAUUGUUGCUGGUUGAAACAAAAUUUUGAUAAGUGUACACCUAUUUAACUCAAAGUUUAAUUAUGAUUAUAAAAACAAUCUCAAGAACGAUUCAUGUAACAGGAUGCAAUUAUUUUGUGCAAUACUAAUUGUAUUUAUGAAAACAAAAUAACUUCAAAUUAAUAGUUAAUAUGUAGUUUGCAAACAGUAGUUUGAAAUAUUUUAAUACUAUUCUUGUCAUGGAUUAUUCAUAUUGUGAUAUGCGAAUUUUGUUAUAAAUAAAAUUAUUGUAAGCAUAGUGAAUUAUAUCGUGGUGAAUUUUAUGCAUUUACCGCGAAUUCAAUAUGAAGCAUUUGAACAUCAAUGUUACGUCAAACAAAAUGUUUGCAAAUGAACAAAUGCUUGUUGUCAAAGAUUAAAAAAAAAUAUCCUAAGUGUUUUUGUUCCACUGUUAAGUCUUGGUAAAGGCUAGUUAACAUAAUAACUCUUGUCAGUUUUAAUAUGACAGGAUAAAAAGACGAAAAUAUUUUCUUGUGUCAACUGAUCGUCAACUUUGUUCAAUAUGAUGUGUCAAAUUUCGUUCUAUAUAACAUAUUCUGUAUCGGGUAUAACUUAUGCCCCGGUCGAUUAACAAGUGACGAAAUCGCCAAUCAGAAUACCGACGUCUUUGACCUUGUCCGUGUACUAAACCAAUUACAAAUAUACCAGCACUAGCAGCCUUGAGUUAACUCUGAAUCGUUAUUGGUCCUCAAAUGUGGUAGCUUCUCGCCUUGCCCAUUGAGUUCAGAACACAAUAUUGGCAUCCAUUAUGUGAAUGAUAUACUUCAGAAAUACGUGAUUUAUAUACAAGCAGACCAGACCCCAUCUCAUCAUAAAGUAAAAAAAUAAGAAUUAUACAAGGUCAAGCCAAAAGUGGCUGUAUGGGAGGCUGUAAAUAAUAGAUUGGGAACAAAUUAAGAAUAGUAAGUUGUACAAUAGUGACCAAUAGGUCAAAUGAAAGCUUAUGAUAAAGAGAGUAUAAAUAUAUAUAAUUUAGCUACUUAAUAAUUAUCCAGUAAGAAUAUAUGUAAUAAUAGUCCAUAAAUAAUUCUUAGCAGUUACUAUCCAUUUAUUCUUCGUUCGGAUUUAACAGGUGAACUAUAUUCAGUGUUUUUUUACAGUAAUUAUGUUUCCCCUUGUAAUAUUUUGUGUUAAAAUUAGUACAUAAAUAAUUGUAUUUUAUGCCUGAGGACAAAGUUUUUGGAGAGUCAAUAAA